AUGGCGGCAGAGUUUAUAGCAUGUUAUGAGGCAUCCAAUCACAGAAUAUGGAUGCGGAAUUUUGUCACGGGGCUGCAUAUAGUGGAUGGCAUUGAAAGGCCACUCAAGUUAUUUUAUGACAAUAAGUCAGCAGUGUUGUAUUCGAACAAUAACAUGAGCUUGACGAAGUUGAAGCAUAUAGACAUCAAGUUCCUAGCAGUGAAGGAAAGAGUUCAGAGUGGACAAUUGUCUAUAGAGCACAUCGGUACAAACUCCAUGGUUGCGGAUCCGCUUACUAAGGGAUUGCGACCCAAAGUGUUUCAUGAGCACACUGCUCGUAUAAGUGUCAUGUCAUUAGAGGAUAUUCAGUUUUAG